UUUUGUCUAACAGUGUCUGCCAAUGUUGCCGUGGUAACCAAACAGAAUGUGUUCUAUAUCGACACAAGCGGCAGUUUUAGUGCAGAACGAUUGCAAGAUAUCAUGAUGGCACGACAAGGGGAUGAACAGAGUGUGAAAGCAGCAUUCAACCGAAUACACUGCUGUAACGCAUUCGACGUCUACCAAGUGAUACAGACAUUAGAAGAAAUUAGAAGUUCAAUAAUUGCAGGAAAUAACAGUUUUUACACAUCAAUGAAACUACUUGUACUUGACAGUAUUGCUGCUGUUAUCUCACCCAUACUUGGUGGGCAACAAACUGAUG